ACAGCAGCGGCGGGGCCUACGUGGCCACCCCAAGCGGUUCUUCCCAGGCAUCCGAAAAACCCGACAUCUGUUCUCUCCAUCUCUCCCGUUUGUCCUUCAGCAUGCCGUUUCCAUUCUGGUGCUUAUCUUCCCCUCCCCUCGAGAUCCUCUUCCUACAUUGAUCGACAUUGUUUUACUUUCCCCGGUUUCUCCCUCGUCCCGACCCGUCUUGAAUCAAAGACCCAUUUCCGUCAAAUCAAGAACUGUUAGCACUUUUCCUGUUUAUUUGAACAGAUUCUGGGGGAAACAAAACGAACAUUGUGAGGAGGAACGCUCGUCCGUUUCGCUACAAGCUCGUUUAGGUCAGAAAUAGAAAGUGGUAGGUUUGAACGGUGCAUUGAGGUUGUGGCUUCUUUAUAGAGAUGAAUGGGCAUAAGGAGGAAGAGCAUGAUUUUGAGAUUGGGUUGGCAGUUCCAAAGAGGAAAGUGCACGAAGGAGAAGGUGGAGGAGGAGGAGAUGGGGGUGAAAGUUGUGUUGAGUUUCUUGUGGAUGAAUUCAAGAAAGUUGGGUUCAUAGUUGAGAGAGUUAUUGGCGUUUCAGAUGAGUUCAUAAAGCUGGCAGCCCCUCUCGAGGUUUUGGGUAGAGCUGCUGCGGAGUUAAAAGUGAAGAAACCGACUCAUAUCGGAAUGGAUUUGCAAUUUGAUUGGGAGGAGGUUGAUGCUUUUGUUCGGCAGCCUGAUGGUAUGUUGUUCAGUUGGUGCGAGCGUUUCCAUUUCUACCGCCACUUGAUUUAUGGGAUAGUGAACAGAGGCCAGUCAACAGUAACGCUAAAAUGUCACGAUAGAGAGAUUCAAUGGGAGCCUGGGGAACCUUUACUUCAGAGGUUAGAAGCAGAGAGCAUUGUCAAACUAGUGUUUCCUUUACAUGUUGAAGCCAAGAGGAAAAGGCUCCUGAGAGUAUGGGCAUUAAACUGGUGGGAUUUCACAGACCAACCAAUUGAUGAGAUCUACUCAUACUUUGGAACAAAGAUGGCAGUUUACUUUUCAUUUCUCGGGAUGUAUACUCGUUGGAUGCUCUUUCCUGCUGGACUUGGCUUUGUUGUGCACUUAGUUGAUUUUGGGCCAUUCCAGCUUCUGGUCCUCCCUAUUUUCUUUAUAAGCAUAGUGCUAUGGGCUGUAAUGUUUUCCCAGUUCUGGAAGCGUAAGAAUUCAGCUCUCCUUAGCAGGUGGCAGAUAAGUUAUUCUGUUGGAGCUUACCCAGGUUACGACUUGGGAUUUAAGGUUCCAGGAAAGGACCGGAGUUCUCUACAGUCCUCGGUGGAACUUAUAAGUAAAUGGGGAAGAGACAAGAAGAAUGAUAAAGAACGAUUUCAGAGAGAGGAGUGGUUUGGAACUCUUAUGAGAUUUAGAAAUGAUGUUAUCAUCAUUCUGAGUAUCAUUUGCCUCCAGUUGCCCUUCGAACUUGCUUAUGCUCAUCUGUACGAGGUGGUUGAAUCAGACUAUAUGAAGUUUGGGCUGACAGUGAUUUAUCUCUUCCUCAUUCAAUAUUUUACUAGAAUUGGGGGUAAAAUAUCAGUUCAACUUAUCAAUAAUGAGAAUAAUGCAAACAGAGAGUACAGGGCUGAUAGCCUUGUCUAUAAGGUAUUCGGUCUUUACUUUAUGCAGUCUUAUAUUGGACUUUUCUACCAUGCCCUCCUACACCGCAACUUCAAGACUCUCCGUCAAGUCCUAAUUCAGCGGCUCAUCGUCUCAGAGGUUCUGGAAAACCUGUGGGAGAACUCCUUUCCGUAUCUCAAGUACAGCUAUAAGAAGUACAAAGUUAGAAGGAAGUCGAAGAAGGAAAAGGGAUCUCCAACAGGCAAGAUCCAGUUUAAAUCAAGGGUAGAAAAGGAAUACUUGAAACCUACCUAUUCAGCAAGCAUUGGUGAGGAGCUUGAGGAUGGACUGUUUGAUGACUUGUUGGAGUUAACAUUGCAAUUUGGGAUGAUCAUGAUGUUUGCUUGUGCUUUCCCCCUUGCAUUUGCCUUUGCUGCCCUGAACAAUGUUACUGAAAUUAGAACAGAUGCUUUAAAGCUGCUGGUUAUGAUGAAACGGCCUGUUCCUCGGGCUGCCGCAACAAUUGGGGCUUGGUUGAACAUUUUCCAGUUUCUCAUAGUGAUGUCCAUAUGCACCAAUUCCGUGCUCCUCGUGUGCUUGUACGACAAAGAAGGGAAAUGGAGGAUAGAACCAGGACUCGCAGCUAUCCUAGUAAUGGAACAUAUCCUGCUGCUAAUCAAGUUUGGGUUCUCCCGCUUUGUCCCUGAGGAACCUGCAUGGGUAAGGGCAAACCGAGUAAAGAAUGCAACACAGGCACAUGAAAUGUACUCGAAGCAGCUGCUGAGAAGCAUAUCAGGUGGAGAAAGGACGUCUAAUGAGAUCAUGAAGGUCGAAUGACAUAGUAGUUCCAGUACUAUAUUAUACUAUACUUCUUAGAAGUUCCUUAGAUCCGAGAGAACAGGGAAUGAAGCACAGAGAGUAGUCGGCAUCGUGGGGUUUUUGGUUCUAUGCAUUGUUUUUCUUUGUUUAGCUUUCGAAGAAAGAUAAACAGUUCUUCCGUUUGCGUGGCUGAGUUUCUCUGAAAUUUUGGAAAACAUAUAAUACCAGUGUUUGGUGUACAUGAGGAAUAGAAUUGUCCAUGUAGAAAUUUUGUUUGGUUGCAA